AUGGCGGAAGAGCUAGACAUUGCGGAAAGAAGGCUGAUGUUUGAAGCUUUACGAAAAAAGAGUAGGUACGUAUCCCUGAUUCCUUCAUUCGUUCUUGGACUUGUCGAUUCUGCCCUGAUGAUAUUCGCUAGUGAAAGUAUUAACAGCUCAUUCGCUGCUGUCUACGGUAUGUCGAUCAUGAGUGCAGCUGCACUUGGUAAUAUCGCUACAAGUAUUGUGCUGUUACAAACGCAAGUUCACUUUGGACACCUCAUCGAACGAUUCGGACUCAACGGAUCUAUCUGCGGUUUAUUUCCAUUAUUCUUUUACGAUAAUCUAACUGCGGAAGAAAUUCAACGAAAAGCCAGAGCCUCGGCCUACAUGAUCAGGGAAAAUUAUGAAGCCGGUACGUUGAAAUGUUAG